UUUCAGUUGUUAUGGAGCUGACGCUACUUUAACGUGGCAAACCAACACAAAAAGUCGAUUUGUAACAACCAAUUUAAUCUAAAAAAAAAAAUAGGAACUGUUGUCUGAUAGUCAUGGAGGAAGAAGAAAUCGUGACAAAACUCUCCCGAAAAGAGUUGCGUAAGCAGAAGUUGAUGGAAUACUUAUCCGGAAAAGCAAAGUUGAAACAGCCCAACCCAAAGCCAUACCUACGUGACGACUGUCAGUUUAAGAGGCCUGUGGGGUCUGCACUCAAGGUGGUUUCAGGCAAAGAAAACAAGGUUCCAGCUGACAGAUUCACACAUGAGCGCACAAAAGUUAAAACUCUGGCUGCUGAAUCGACAAAACUACAGAAAAGCACCAGAGGAGCAUUUAGUGACUCCCGCAAAGUGAAUGUGUCAGCCGGCCAUCUCACUGGACCGCAGAGUGCCAAUUCUACGAACAGGGGCUCGGCCCCGCCACAGCGUAAUCAAAACCAUCAGCUGACACGAAGAACGACCGCGCUGUCCUCCGGACGCAACCCGACUGCAGCGAGUCGUCUCAAAAAGCAACCAAACGCGGGAGUGCCGUCCUCCGGCAGAGCCUCUUCAAGUGCAUCUGGUGCAGCUGCGACCAAAUCAAACAGCCGACUCAUCAGUGGCUCCAAGGCUACGUGGUCGCGUCCCGCGGCGGCGGCCAGUGUCCGGAUGAGUCUCGGCCCCAUGGUCAAAACAAAAACGGGGCUAGUUCCUGCAGCGAUCCAGCCCAGAGACGUUCAAGGUCGCAGAAACGCGACGCACACCUCGGCCACGGCGGGCGAUCCAAGCGGCGAAAAGAUGCAAUCCAGCACGCUGUCGUCCGUUCAGAGCAAACCGUCGCGUACCACGUGCAUGAACAAAAACCAGGGCGCAAGAGCCGGGAUUGGAGGUCAAAAUCAGUCUAACCCUAAACCACUCGUCAGUAGAAGGUCUCAGCCCCCCUCUAAGAUUCCACCCUCAAGUGGCCUGAGGUUAAAGCCACAGGGCAGCACGGCGGGGGCAGCCGCUCCGCCCGCCGAGCGGUCCACAAAGCACCGACCGGAAGCGGCGGCGCAGAAAACGAGGCCGCCGCCCCGAGUGGCCCCCCGCACAUCGUCGCGGCCGGAGGGCAGGUGCGGUCCCAGAGCGGCCGGCGGGGUUCUGCCCGCCGCUGCGGCUGAAAAAAACGGGACGUGUGGCGGGACAGAGGCCGACGGGGGGCGCGGUACAGCGAAGGCACAAAGAUCGAGCGCUCCGGGGACGUCCCGGACGGCGCCGCGGCCCAACGGGACCGCCGGCCACGCCACGGACACCAAGACGCCGGCGGCCCCCGUCAGGGUCCUCCCCCAGACGGAGGGCAGGAAAAUGACUGCUGCCCAGGAGGAGAGAACGAGAAAACUCCAGGAGUGGCGGGAGGCCAAGGGCAUUUCCUACAAGCGGCCCCCGAUGCCGGUCAAACCUCAGGUCAGACGCCCCGUGGCCGCGGCCCAGCCGUUCUGGGGCUCCAUGAGCGAGGAAGACGAGGCCCGCUCCCUCGUCGAGGCCGUGGACCGGUCCCUGGCCGACUGCAUCAAGCUGCUGGAGGAGGGCUUCCCCACAGACCGGGUGAGGGAGGUUCUCUCUCGCCUGCCGUCGGUGUCCAGGAAGUUUGCCAAGUACUGGAUCUGUCGGGCCCGGCUGAUGGAGCGAGACGGCCAGCUGGACGUCCUGCCGGUGUUUGAAGAGGCCGUCGGCGUCGUGUUGGAGCCGCUGGACGAGCUGCGGACCGUCGUGUUCCAGAUCCUGAAGAAAAAGGACGAGAUCAAAGCACCAGCGGAGGAGGAUGAGGAGGAGGAGGAGGAAGGUACGAUUCCAGCGUGUGAAAGCGCUCCGGAGAGCAUCGAGAGCCCAACGACGCCCCCCCGACCCACCCGGGCUCUGAUCCGUGGAGAAAGAGGAGACUCGUCCGUCGUCAAGUACCGGAUCAGGGUACGGCCCACUCAUCCUCCAAGUUUCUGCCAACAGGGGGAGCCGGCGCGGGUCAAAGGCCAGGAGGUGCGCUUCCUCACGCCCGUGCGCCGGUCGGUCCGCAUCGAGAGGUCCUCGCUGCGAUACCCGGCGUCCCUCCAGGACCACGACCUCUGCGUGGCCUCCUACGGCGACCUGAUCUCCGAGGAGGAGGAGCAGGAGCCGAUGUACGUGUACCGGCAGAACGAGGCGCUGGACGACCGGGUGUCCGUCCGGCUGGUCUACGACGACGCCGUGUAGCCUCCUCCUGGGGAAGAGAGUAAAGAUACGGACCCUUUCCCAAUACCUGAGACGGCGAGAACAGACUCGAAUUCCCGUGGGAAUCGAC